UACACGAGUGUUGCCGGGAAGCGGUCUGUUGUGCGGUCGGGUAGCAAUUUCCGUAAUAUUUCCGCAUUGAUAGCGAAUUAUCAGCUAUCUAGAAGAAGAAUGGACGCGGAUGAAAGCUCGAUUAAGACUUGGCUUAAGUUCUUCAUGGAUGCCAGCAUACCAGCAGGGGUAGCCACAGAAUAUGCAAUCUCAUUCAGUGACAACAGGAUGAGGCUGGACAUGCUGCCUGAUCUCAACAAGGACUACCUCAGGGAUCUUAAUAUCACCAUUUUGGGUGAUGUAAUUGCUAUAUUGAAACAUGCCAAGUCUGUCAGCCAGCAGGAGUAUACUGCCCGCAAGAUGGGCCCCGGCGGGCGCGUCUCGCCCGACCCGCCGGCGGCGCGCGCCAAGCCGGCGCCGGCCUGCGUCGAGUCGCCGGCGGCGCGCAUGGUGAAGCGCUUGGUGCGCAAGGAGCCGGCGUCGCAGCCGGCCGAGCCCACCACGCGCCGCAAGCGCGCCGCCGACCUUGCUGACGACGAUCAUAGCGCUGGUGACCAGCCGGCGCCUGCCAAGUUGCGGCUCGUGGCCUCGGGGCGUCUGGGCACACCACAGGCCAAGUCAGCUCUGAAUGGCAAAAAGACGGUAUUUGACCGGCUGGGCGCCGACAGUCAGGUCACGUCCACCACCCCGGACAGCACGCGCUUCCACAUCACCGGCCUGAGCGGGCCCGCCGCCACGCAGCGUGCGCCACUGCACGCCGAGGCGGCGGCGGUCGGCACGCCCCGCCAUCGAGUCCGACUCGUCUCUGAGCCGAGGCCGGGGCCGCGACCAGGCCCCGGCCUGACGUACCGAGGUGUGCUGAAACCGGGCGGCGCCGGCGAGCGGCCCGAGCGGCCCGACCCCGGCCGCAAACCCGCCCUAGUCAGGGGUGCGAGCUAG